UCAACGCCAUCUGCCGCCCAAAGCUGCUCGAUCCCUGGCUUCUGCGGCGUCUGCUGGAUGGCGGCGCUAUCCUUUCCAGAGCUUUGGUGCAGGAGGUGGUGUCAAGAUGCUCAGCUGCAGGAUUUGGCGCUGAGCCGGAGCGCGUGAUGCCAUCCGUGCCAAAGUGGGGCCAAGGGCUCUUCGUCACGACCUUGAUGGCUCUCAUUGGCGAAGGCGCAAAGUUGUACGGGUCUCAGAUGACGUUCCAGCCGCUCGACCAAGAGAUUUUCUAUGAGUACAUUUGCCUACCGCGCCACCGCAAGGUCCUCAAGCCCGCAUUGCUGGCCAUCUUUGAUGACUAUAACUUCAUGCCGUUGACCUUGAGCAGCAUCAAUCCGCUAACCGAGGUGCGACUGACUACGCAUUCUCAUUUGGUUGCCCAACCUUCACCUCCAGAAGGGGGCUGGAUGGCGUGGAUCCACCUCAUUAGUGAUCCUGACAUCAUUAACGCGGCUUGGAGGGCAGGAUUUCGGCCGCAGGAUCAUCCCCGCCUGAGCGACUGGAUUUGUCAGCGGGUGGUCAUGAGGCUGAAACCUUUCAAGACAGUGCGAAACGUGGCCGCUAAGCUGAAGGAGCUGCAAGACGCUGGGCUGGUCGUGAUCACCAAAAGCUUCGCUGCCUCGGUCAUCUGUGAUUUGAGGCUGACCUUCGAGGACAGCUCUUGGCAGAAAGACAACGGACCGAAUUUGGAGGUUCAGGGAGACCAGUUCACGCGCGAGGCUUACUUUGCUCUCGUACACUUGGACUCCAUGGGCUACCUUGCAUUUGACCUCAGGAGCCUUGCUACCGAUUUGCUGCGGCGGCUUGAGCAAUGGCGCGGCGACAUGACCCUGGGACCGCUGUACCGCCAGCUCGAGAUAGACUUCGAUGGCAUUAACGGCACACAUCAGAUAGCUUGCACGACAUUCUGGAUGGCGCAGCAAGAAGGACACCCCUUGCGCUGGGUCAAGACCGAGUUGGCUGGUCGAAAAGUCGAACUUUCUACGCUACGCAGAAUACUGCUCAGUAACUUUCAAAAGUCGGUGCUGCCUUUCGAGUAUGCAUACUCCGUCCUGGGGGCUAGUCAAGGUCGUGCAUUGCUCGCUUCGACGCUUCCCCAUCUGGUCAGGGAGAGCUUCCAGGGUGACCUCUUGAAGUCAUUAUUGCGGCCUGGGACACACCCAUGGCGCCACGACGCUGAGAAUCUAUUGCGCAAGGUGGUAGAAUGCUACAAUAUCAGCGUGUCCGAUCUCGAUUACCAAUACUGGGAUGUGCAGCGCAGUGGAGCCGGAAAACUACGAACCUGGGCUGUACAUCCUCAACCUUGCUCUGCGCUGGCGUGCAAGUUCACCAAGGGUGACCUGAAAAAGGCUUCACGUAUCCGCUACGACCUCGGAUGUCAUCUAACGCAGCCCUUGCAAGACCUCGGGCCUCUUGAUUCGCAAGCGCGACUCGAAUCCGAGCAAAACCGACUUUCUGCACCAGCAAGCUCCAUCGUGUCCCCUUUGCAGUUGUCGGCAAGAGCACAGCGCUAUGCACCUUGUACUAAGUGCGGUUGGAUACAUUCAACUCGAGCAGAUGAGCUCGUGUGUGAAGGGACGCCCCCAGCUCCAGCCGCAGCGGAAAAUGACAACGAUGACGAUGAAACUGAUGAUUUUAGUCCGGACUACGAGGAGGAUUCAGAAUCUGACGACGGCGAUCAUUGGACAGCCUACUCGUACGGAACUGCGAGCAUCUUCUCCAACGUCCCAAAUCGGGCGAAAGGGCUCGUUGCGCUGCAGGCAGCAAGUGAGAAAAGGAGUUGGCGCAACGGAACAGCGAAGCGCAAGUACCUUCAUCAGAUGGCUACUGCCACGCCUCUAUCACUUGAAAGCAUCUCGGAAUUCGAACCAAAGUCUUCUCAUGGCCGUGAAAUAAAGGACCACUAUGGUAAGGGGCACAUCGUGCCGACAAAGCUGCAAGAUAUCGUCAAAGAAAUCACAGAGCAAGGGUCCACCAAAAUGUGGCCAAACACUUACUCCACACCUGGCGACGCGGUCAUCCAGCUUUUUGCCCCUGAUAGCCUUCAUGCGGACAUUGUCAUGAAGCACACCAUUGCGUGCGGUCAUAAGCGAGCGAUUCUCGAUCUCUACGAGAAAGGCGUGCCGCCCACGCUAGAACACGCGAGAAUGGCGCUCCACUUUGGCUGGGGUCUGCCAGAAUCGUUCUUCAACAAGAUCAUAGAUGGCGCCAAAAUUCGCCUUGAUGGCAUUUCUAGCGAACACUGCUCGGACGAGGAACUAGGCGUUGGGGCCAUGAAGCUAAAGGCGCCCAAUCCUCGCGUAGAGGACUACUUGCAUUCGGAAGAAGACAUCUGCACUAUCAAGUUCAAAAGAGUUCACACAGACGUCGCCCUUGAGGUACUUCCCGGUCAAGCUCCGUGUGGCGAGAUAGAUUUCCGUGACCGAGCGUUGAUAGCGUCUGUUGACGCUGUCAGAUCGGAAGUAGCGCUUGAGCCAAGUAGCACACGAACGCGUUCGACAAUCAAGUCAAACGGAAAGCAUACGAGCCGCAAUGGCGGGUCGAGUAGUCUAUCAAGCGCAUCGAGCUCCCAGAUACAAGCCGAUAUCGCACCCCCACAGGACGCCGCUGCGACGGAUCCUAGCAGUGGGGACGCGGUGGUAGGCAUCUUCGAGAAUCAGCCCUUUUCAAUCCCCCGUUCCGACUUUGAACGACGCAUCGCCAGCGUUCAAACGUGGAUCCGUCAACUUCGUUUGCUCGAGGACCGCGAUCGGCCUCGUAUGGACCUUCUGCGCAAGGUCUGUGAAGUCGCUGGCGGUGGAAGUUCGGUAUCACAGGACAACAUGGACCGAGAGGACGAGAUGAGCGCGAGCCAGACAGAAAAUGAGAACGAAAGCGGAGAUGAGGAACGGGACGGGGACGGGGACGGAGACGACGACGACGACGAAGAUGGAGACGGUCUGAGGUGCAGAAACCCUUUUUCGAGCCCGGCAAACAUCGCUUUGACGACUGGUCUUCAAAGACUCGCUGAUUUUGAGGCAGCGCUCAUAGUUGCCCGCACGAAUGAUCAAGCUGAGAUCGUGGGCGAGCUUGCGUGGUUGUUGAAAGACAUCCGCAAGCGUGCCGCGCGAGGCAAGCAUCUUCGAGUCGAGAAGCGCAUCAAAAUGAGUCUGGCCGGGAAAUGGGUGCCGCCACGCAAAGUGGUCAGGAACCGACGCGACGUUUGCACGAAAUGGCCGCCGCUGGAAGCCCGCGAUCUGACUGACGAAGACGAGGACCCCAACUUUGCGGAUGACGAAUCGGACACAAAGGAUGACUCGGAGCUCUCAGACGGCGACGUCGCUGACGACGCGGCGCCGAAAUCUGAUUUCAAAGAGCCGCGCCGGUCAACUCGCGCCCUCCGCGGAGCAAAGAAGCCGCUGGGCGUACCACCGAUCGAAUCUGGGAAGAAGCCUAGCUUGGGUGAAUGUGAGGUCGGUGUCAAGCGACAAAGCAUUGCUCAGAAGUCUGAUCACGACUCCGACAGCGCUGCAGCUUCUGGAGAUGGCGCGGUCUCUCUACCAGACAGUGCGGACUAUUGCUACGACUCCAAUUACGACUCGCAUGGUUACUACAUACACGAUGAUUGACAGUUAGAGACUGCCAGUCCCAGUGCGCAGACCAAUGACAGCGGACUUUGUGUUUGCCGAGUCGCUCGUAAGGCAAGAUUAAGUCUAUAGUAGCGCCGCUCACCGAAUGCAUGCUGGCCGAGCAUUCGACAGAAUUCUUCAAGUGUGUGACCGCAAAAUUUGUUCAAGGCUGCUCUGAUACAGUUGUGCCCCGUUC